ACAAAACGACAUCCAGUGUGCGGCAAGUGGCCUCCUUCGCCUCUUGACUGAUGAUUUCUACCUGUGAGUGAAGUAUAGGUCUUCAAUCAAGGAUGUAAUGAUGACUAAGGAGCGAAGGAGGUUAGCGGCAAAGAAAGAAACACCUGUUGACGCGGUGAUGACGUAUGGCAGGUAAGCCUUGACGAUUGAGGACUCAACCUGUUGAGCGGCAGACCGUGAAGAACGAAGAUGGCGCCCAGUGGAGGGCUACCUGGUGCUGUGGAAACUUGUGGUGUAGACUGUCGAUCACAGACUGGCUCUUGUCACGACAGACAAGCAUGUUCGUCCAUUAUUUCUGCUGCCUGCUGAAGUGAUUUCCAUGGAGAAGUUUGGGGCCGGCGGCAAGCGGGCGGGAACAAAGGUCAGCCCAUCAUCUGCUAAUGCUGCUUGUCUGGAGGUGUCUGAAGCACCCACAGUUAGUGCAGUAGCAGAUGAGCAGGCAGCCCUGCCUGAUGCCUCAACUCCAGGCCCCAGCUGCAGCAGUCCCAGUGGACAGGCGCUUUUCCUGCAGAAAGUUCGACAAGCUAGUGAGGCAGUCAAUAACGGGGAUUUUAGACGUGCUGUGCAAGCUUAUACUGAGGCUAUUACACUUGAUCCCUCCAACCACAUCUUGUACACCAAUCGGGCAGCAGCUUAUUUUAAGCUGCACCAUUAUCGGGAGAGUCAGCAAGAUGCCCUUGCUUCUCGCCAGCUCAAUCCUAAAUGGACAAAAGCAUACCUGCGUGAAGGUGUGGCCUUGCAGCAUCUGGGUCAACAUGGUGAUGCACUUGCAGCAUUUGCUGCAGGCUUGGUUCAGGAACCAGCUAAUGCGCAUCUUUUGGCUGGUCUCAAAGACACUGCCCUCAAAUCUCCUCUCAAAGAUAAAUUUCAGGCCACAUUUCAACAACUGGAAAAACUGCGACUGGUGCGUUCUCCUUUUGUGCUCAUGGCGGUGGUGGGGCAGGAGCUGCUGGCGGCGUGCCACUACAGUGCUGCAGUGUCCGUGCUGGAGGCUGCACUACAGGUGGGAACAUGCAGCCUCAAGCUACGCGGCUCUGUGUUUUCUGCCUUGGCAAGUGCUCACUGGGGCCUGGGUGCCCUUGACAAGGCCUUGUACUAUAUGCAACAGGAUCUGGCUGUCACCAAGUCGCUGGGAGACCAGGAUGGAGAGUGCCGAGCAUAUGGAAAUCUGGGAUCCGCUUUCUUUACCAAGGGGCAGUACAAAGAAUCUCUAACCCAUCAUCGUUUCCAACUGGUGCUGGCGAUGAGGCUCCGACAGCGUCAGACAGCAGGUUCUGCUCUCAGCAGUCUUGGUCAUGUGUACACUGCCAUCGGGGAUUACCCAAAUGCACUUGCUAGCCACAAGCAGUGUGUUCUGUUGCUCAAACAAGGAGGUGACAAAAUUAGUGAAGCAAGGGAGAUUGGUAAUGUUGGUGCUGUUUACCUGGCCAUGGGAAACUUUAAUAGUGCAGUGGAGUGUCAUCAAGAACAUCUAAAGAUAGCACGUGCACUCAAGUCCCCUGUAGAGGAGGCACGUGCCCUCAGUAACCUGGGAAGUGCCUAUCAUUAUAAGCGUGACUACAUGAAGGCCAUGGCAUACCACAAAGAGGUGUUAAAAAUCGCAGAACAACGUCAUGACAGAAUGCUUGAAGCACGGGCCUAUGCAGGACUUGGUCAUGCAGCCAGGUGUGCCAGUCUCCUGCACCAAGCUCAGUUCUACCAUGAAAAGCAGCUGGACAAUGCUCUUCAGACCAAAGACAGAGUGGCAGAGGGCCGUGCAUGUGCUAACUUGGGUAUUAUAUAUCACCAGUUAGGUGAAUAUGAUGCAGCACUUAAACUCCAUAAAAAAAAUCUGGAAAUUGCUAGAUCAUUGGCAGACAAAGCUAGCCAAGGACGUGCUUAUGGCAAUAUGGGAAAUGCCUACAGUUCCCUUGGCAAGCAUGAGCAGGCUGUUAGGUGGCACAAGCAAGCACUGACAGUCUCCACAGAAGUGGGCGACUUCCAAUCCCAGGGGUCAACUCAUGGCAAUCUGGCUGUGGCGUAUCAGUCCUUAGGAAUGUAUGAAAGUGCCUUGCAACACUAUGUCUCUCACUUAAACGUUGCUCGUGAGUUAAAAGAUCUCCCAAGUGAAGCACGGGCCUUGUGUAAUCUUGGAAACUUCCAUUGUGCUCGAGGAGACUUCCCUAGUGCUGUGUCUCUCUAUGAACAGUUUCUUGUCCUGUCUCGUGAGCUGCGAGAUGCAGAGUCAGAGAGCAAGGCAUGCUUUAACCUUGGCUAUGUACAUUUCAAUAUGGGAAACUUCACAGAAUCUGAGCGAUAUUAUGAACAAGACCUUGCUAUGGCUCGAAAACGAAGAGACCGUCUAGCCCUUGCUCGAGCCUACUGCAACUUGGGACUUGCUCAGAAGUCACUUGGGAAAUUAGAAGAAUCUUUGGAAUGUCAAAAGAAGUGCCUUCGUUUGAUGGAGACAUUAAAGAUCACAGCUGGCAAGUUUCGAGCUCUUGGUAAUAUUGGGGAUCUGAUGCUGAAGAUGGGAGAUAUGGCUGGGGCUGUCAGGGUUUACAACCAGCAGCUUGUUUUGGCACAGCAAGCAGAGGACCAGGAUCUGAUGGCAAGUUCCCUUGGAGCUUUGGGUAAUGCCCACCGACUGCUUGGGCAGCAUGACAAGGCUCUGUCCUGCCACACCCAAGAGCUGACUUUGCGGCAGGAAAAGGCUGACCUCCAGGGAGAAUGUCGGGCUCAUGGCCAUCUGGGAAACGUUCACACCUCCAUGGGAAACUACCACAGUGCUCUCAAGUAUUACCAGGAAAUGCUGGACAGGAGUCGUGAUAUUGGCUCACAUAAGCUGGAAGGUCAAGCCUGUGGGAAUCUGGGUAUCACAAGAAUGAACAUGGGGCAGCUGGAAGAGGCCAUCGGUUUCUUUGAGCAGCAGCUUGCUAUGCUUGAGCAGCAGACAGGACCUGCUACGCUUCAGGAUAAAGUUCGUGCUUUCAGCAACCUUGGGGACUGUUAUGAGGCUCUGGGAGACUUUGAGGAGGCAGUCAAGUGGCAUGAACAGUGCCUUAUACUAGCACAGCAGCUUGGUAGCUUGGCAGACCAAGACAAAGCCUACCGUGGCCUUGGCAAUGCCCAUAAGGCUGUGGGCAAUCUUCAACAGGCUUUGGUUUGCUUUGAAAAGCGUCUCUAUGUGGCUCACCAGCUCAGUAGUUGUGCAGCCAAGGCAUCGGCAUAUGGUGAGCUUGGCUGUCUGCACAGUCUUCUAGGCAACUUUGAGCAGGCCGUCUCUUGCCUUGAGCAGCAGCUAGGGAUUGCACGAGAGAUGGGGGACAAAGAGUGUGAAGGAGAUGCCGCUUGUGGUCUUGGUGGAGUGUAUCAGCAGAUGUGCGAGUAUGAAACUGCCCUCAAGUAUCACGGCAUGGACCUGCACAUUGCGGAGGUCAUUACCAGUAAAGUCAGACAAUGUCGGGCAUAUGGAAACCUCGGCCUGUCCCAUGAAUCUUUGGGAAACUACAAGGAAGCAGUGAAGCAUCAAGAACAGCAUCUGAGCAUUGCGGCAGAAAUGAAUGACCGGGUAGCCAAGACACUUGCUUACAGCAGUCUUGGACGAGUACACCAAGCCCUGGGCCACCACACUCAAGCUGUGCAGUACCUGCAGCAGGGACUGACCAUUGCAGAACAGUUGCGGCGAAGGGAGGAUGAGGCCAAAAUUCGCCAUCGUCUUGGCCUUGCACUGUGGGGCAGUGGCAAUCUUGAGGAAUGUCAGAAACAGAUGAACACAGCGGCAGACUUAUUUGAGACCAUCCGUCGCGAGUCACAGUGCUCAUCAGAAUACAAGUUAUCCCUCUUUGAUCUACAGACUGCAUGCUACCAAGCUCUUCAACGUGUUUUGGUGACUCUUGGUCGUCCUGACGAGGCACUGGUUGUUGCUGAGCGAGCAUGCACCCGAGCCUUCAUAGACUUGCUGCUGGAGCGACAGGCUGGCUCAGCAGGUCUCUUUAAUGGCACCACCAUGGAUCUGUCCCCCAUCACCAUUGACCAGAUGACUGCCACAGUGGCCAAACAGAAAGCUUUGGUAUUGUGUUUCUCUGUGGCAGCUGGCAGUCUCUACACUUGGCUUCUUAGUCCCAAGAAGGGACUUGUGAAGUUCCAUGAGCUCAGUCUCUGGGAGCUGGAAAAUGACACAGAUGGUGUUGACACGCAGUCACUUCUGAGUGUGUCAUCUACUUCCUUGCUUGACCACUGUGUGGGUCAAGUGAGAGAAUCCAUGGGCAUAGAGACUCACAUCGCUACUACCAGCAGUGGCCACCGGUCAGGUCGCAUUCAGAAUCUACAGGAUGUAAGUGAUGCUGAAAGUGAUGCCAACAGUGAAGUGUUUCAACAGCAGCUGGAAGAGCUGGGUGGCCGACUGAAUGCAGAAAGUGACCGCACAGGGUUCUUGGCCAUGAUCAACCGUGCUCACACAUUCAACAGUAGUGCUGUUAGCCUGGGCUCUGUGCUUAGUCUUCCUAGCUCCUCACUGGGCUUGUCACUGACACCACAGCGCCAAGCCAGCUUCAAGAAGUGUGGCGGGCGGUCUCCUUUGUCCACGUUGUAUCAGUGCCUCAUGGCACCCAUGGAAGAGGCAAUAGCACAGCAGGCGGAGUGUCAGGAAGAGCCUCAGGACUUGGUGCUGGUGCUCCAGGGGGAUCUCUACCUCAUCCCAUUCCUGAUGCUGCGUGCAGAACAAGCACAGCGCUACCUGUUCGAACGCUUCAACUUAAUCAUUGUCCCCUCCAUCUCUGCACUUAACAACACAGAAAAGCUGGACAGUCAUGGUCGCCCGUUGAUUGCAUCGUCUGGAGCGCUUGUUGUUGGCAAUCCUCAGUUGACGCCCAGCAUCUGCCAGCACUGGCAUCUGAAGGAGAUUCCUGGAGCAGAAUAUGAGGCUCGUAUACUGGGAGAGCUGCUCUCUUGCCGUCCACUUAUUGGCUCAGAGGCUACAAAAGGAGCUGUGUUGCAUCAAGUAGAACAGGUAGAGGUAAUUCACUUUGCUACGCACAUUUCAUGGAAACUGUCAUCUAUAGUUCUUUCCCCCGGAGAGUUUGCUGCAUCAACGUCUGCCCAGCAUUUUCCUGUCAUUGAUUCUGAUGACAGUGCCAGCGAUGUGAGCCCCUUAGGUGGGCCUUCAUUGUCCGAAUACCUCUUGACAGCUGCUGACAUUUUGAACUUGCGACUUCAUGCCAAACUGGUGGUGCUUAAUUCUGGCUACACAGAUGACAGAGCAGGCCGUGUCAACACUGACGGAGUUGUCGGACUCACACGGGCCCUUCUGUCUGCUGGAGCACAGUGUGUGCUCUUUUCAUUGUGGCCUGUGCCGGAUGCCGCUUCCAAGCUCUUGAUGAGGACAUUGUACAGCGCAUUGCAGGAAGGACAGUGCAUUACACAGGCACUAUCAAAAGCUGUGAAAACUGUGCAAAGCACCAAACAGUUUUCCCACCCUGCCAACUGGGGGGGAUGGGUGGUGGUGGGUCAGGACGUGCGACUGGCCAGCAAAGUGGCCUUGAUGAGCCACUCACUGGGUCUCAUCUUACAGACAGCAGGCAUGUGCAGAGAAAUAUUGCGAGUUCUUCUUCACCUGAUGGAAAAGUCACUUCAGCGUAUCCAGCAGGGAGCACGCAACCCUAUGUACACCACAGUGCAGAGUGUAGAAAACAAAGUGGGAGCUGUGCCAGGCUGGAAGGAACUGCUUCAAGCAGUUGGCUUCCGGUUUGAACCAGCAACUGCUGGUCUGCCGCCAGCAGUCUUUUUCCCACAGUCUGAUCCUGGAGAUCGUUUGGCUCAGGCCAGUGGCAGUUUACAGGCGUUACUUGGUUUACCACCUAGCUCUUUGACAGCCUUGUCCAAAUUUGUCACCAGCUGUGAUGUUGGAGAAGCACUGAUUCAGGGGAUACGUGAAAUCCUCAGCAAGCUGUCAGCUAAAGAAGCAGGCAUUGAUAUGGUCUUCAGCGUCCAGCUGUGGCAUGUUUCUGGUUGUCACGAGUUUCUGGCUUCACUGGGACUGGACUUGGUCGCUGUUGGUUCUGACAAUGUAACUCUACGACUGAGCAAGCAAGCUGUACGACGACAUCUACAGUUUGCCCUGCAAGCAUUGGUGUCUGUCUUCAAUACCCAUGAUGCCCCACACCUCCUGUCCCUGGACAACUCCUCCUCCAUGGAAUCCUUGUCCUCCUGCCACAGUGCUUCUUCGCCAUCCACACCUUCUCUCAGCAGCCCUACGCCAACGUCUCUUUCCCACUAUGCACGAGGAAAACGUUCUAUUUUCAACCCAGCAGAGAUGGAGAGAAUGCGGAAUUUUCGCCGUCAGGAUUCUUUCAAGCAGGGAGGUUCAUGGGACGGACAAGAAUCAUCGUCACCAACCUCACUAACUAGGUCACCUGUCCAGAUGGAUCCAGCAAUGUGCCUGUCACACCAGAAUCGCAUCCGUUCACUCUAUGGCAGCAGCUCCACCUGUGACAGCCCUUCUUCAGACACACGGCCAUCGUCUCUACCUUCACCCUUUCAGGACAGCACAGGUGAUGCAGACAGCAUCCAGUCGUGCGAUGGACCUGAGUCUCAGCCAGUAGCACGUUGCAGCAUUCACGAGUCUGGAGUAACUAAGUCCGUCAAGUUUGCUGAGCAGCUUGUUCGAGAACAAGUGUUUGAUCCAGCAAGCCCUAAGAGUAACAGUGGCAGUGAUUCAGAGGGAGCGCGUGAAGCAGGCAGAAAAGCCUCCCAGCUCCAUCACCAUUUUGAACAGCAUGCUCAGCACAGACGUGCCAUGGCCCAAUGCACUUCUAAAGUUUCAAAUGAACUCUUGCUUGCCAGCAGAUCUGUCAAUGCUAGCACACAUGUGACACUUUCAGAGAGAAAAGAAGAGGCAGAACAGAAAGCUGGUAAAAAGACCUCAGAAUCUCCAGGUUUGUGGCCAGAUGGGAAAAUUGACCCUGAGGACAUUGUGCAGAAAGUGCUGGCAGAUGUGGCCAGUCAGCAGGCUGAAGUGGAACGACUCCAGCAGCAGAGUGCUGCACUUUCCUUUGAACGCGCCUUCAAGAUGCGAGCUGAGAGUAACAAAAGCAGUCAGCCUUUCUUAAACUCACUCUCUGGUAGUUCUCAUCUUGUUACUGCUGCUUCACCUCGAACAGUUCCUGCUUGUGAAGACCAGAAAAGCAGCAAUACAAUGGCAGAAAAGUCCCUUCGGAAGACAGUAGAUAGAGAAUCUCAGUUACCUCCCCCAUAUCCGUCUCCCCCUUCAUACAAUAAACAGUGUGUUUCAUCUUCCCUGCCACCCCAGACAUUGAUGCCCACAGAGACCAGAAGUCAGGUGGGAGGAGGUGCACAUCCUCGUGUGACUACUGUGCAUCCAGGUUGUCAGACGGGAGAAAACAGCAUAUCUUCCGAUAAUAGCGAAGGUGCUGACAGCAACGUGCAGUCUUCUGUGUCAAGUGGAUACCACUCUGAGAGUAGUCACAAUGCUCAGCAGGUCACCUCGGACAUUGUGACUCACCCGCACACAGAUCGUGGGCUGUUCACCAAGGAUUUUGUGAAUCAGAGUUCAGCCGGGGCGUUCCCUCAGUCUUUGUCAACUUCUUCAUCCUCAUUUGAAUCGCUGUCCUCAUUUCGUCCCUAUCAUCCUUCUACCCCUUUGGUUUACACAAAUGCACUCCACAAUCGGCCAGAAAGCUCAAACAGUUUAAGUUCCCAAUAUUCAACCUCAUCCUCAAAUCGUUCUGUAAUUUACAGGCCUCUUGGUGAUGGUCGGAUAGGCAGUAUAGGAAGACAAAAACAAGACUUUAAUCCUUUUUUGCAGCCUAAACACAAGUCACCAACAGCUAUUUCAGGUUUGUUUGAUGGCUCCUUUCUCCCACAGAAUUCUAAAUAUAAAGGUGGCAAUUCAGACUUAGAAGAAAGCAAAUCUCUCAGCGAAAGUUUUGAAGAUGAAAGUAGUAAAAGUGAUGAAUCAUCAGAACUGGGUACCAACACCAGUUAUUCUGAGCAGAUUCGUCAAAGUUGGCAUCGUCAUGCUAACCUGAGCAGCAGAAUGAAAUCUAGAUCUGUGGCUGCAAAUGACAAUGCUGCUAUUUCAAAAACAUCUGUGCAUGCCCCAACGCCAGGUGAUGGCUUUGCCAUGACGUUAAAGAACACUUCAGCCAGCUGUCCAAAGGUGCAAGGUGUGUCCGACACACAUUACACCACCCACUUUCCUGAACCAAAGAGCAUCAUCACCCAUGAGACAGAUGUACAAAAGAGUAUUGUGAAUGUGACCUUAUAUGAAGAUUUUGAAUCUGAUUCUGGUUGUGACUUCAAAGAUGGCAUAGAGAAGAAAACCACUUUGACAGGUUACCCUCAUUCGAUGUCUGCUGACAGCAAUAAUCAUUCAGUAAAAACAAACAAAACUGGUGUUCUCUUUCUAGAUAGUGAACACCGUAUUAUUGCCAAAAGCAAUGUUUUACAGUCAUCAAAAUGUUGAUAAAUGCGGAUUUGGUGCCUGAUGCUAAACUGGUUUAAUGCAUCAGUUGACAGGAAUGUUCAUGUUUAGAUCCUGUUGUAGCUUUCAGAGUGGCUUCCUGGGUCAGGAACUUGUAUUACUGGACUGCUGGCAGACGAUUUUUCCAGUUAACUACUAAAACGAGGCAGGUGUGAACAAAGUUUCCGGUUUAGCCACAUUCGUUGUUAAGGCUCGCCAAGACUAACAGCAGAGAACUUUGCAAGAGGCUUAACAUUGGUUAUGGCAGCCAGCCAGCAAUCCACCUCUACAGGUCUGUGCUGGGACUGCCUUAUAUGUUGGGGGGACCAUACUUGAUUUUUCUUGAAGAUAGGGUAGCAGCUGGAGUCCGUUGAACUCUGCCCUGCUUCUUGCAACUCAUACAUCAUCUGGUACACAGGGGAGAACUUAUGGGCAGCCAGCCUACAGGCAGAAUGUAGGUUUCUCAUGCAUUUCAUGAAGGGUAGUAAGUGUAGACUGCCACCCAACUCGGCAGAAGCAGUUUUACAGCUGUAAAGUUCAGUUAACUGUGAGUUGGGAAAUAAUCCCCAAAAGUAAAAUUUAUGGGUAGAAUACUAUAUCGUUUAGAGGAAGAAAAUGCGACAGGCUGAAACAUCAAUACCAUGUGAAUACUGCUUUGAAUCUGAUAUGCUUUAGUAGAAACCUGCACCAUCUGCUGCAGUCUCAGAUUUUCUGAGACUCCAGUUGGUGGUGCUCAGGAAGGCACACAAAGUUCAAGAACAUGUUUUGGUUUUUGCACAUGCCAAACAAGGCAUCUGGUAAUUUUUGUGUAUGAAAUGGAUGAAUUAUUAUGCCCUACUAACCGGGGAGAAUGAAUGUUGUAAGUUUUGCACAUAAAUUAUACAGGGGAAAGUAUUGAGUAUUAAUGGGUUAUAUUAAAUACUCAUGUUGUCAUGUCAAAUGUACCUUUGUGGCUGUGCAGAUUAAAAUGCCCUAUAGCACCAGCUACUAAUAAAUGCCAAGCAUUUCCAAAGUUA